AUGCUUCUUCUUAUCACCCUUGUUCUUUUUGCUUUACGUUUCACCCCUACAGCCAUGGCGAAGACAGCAAAUCCAGGAUGCCGAACACAGUGCGGGAACUUGACAAUUGAAUACCCUUUCGGCAUAGACAAAGGGUGCUCCAUAGACGAAUCAUUUGACCUGACCUGCAACUUGACUUCUAACCCCCCAAAGCUUUUCAUCGGAUCAGGGAACAUUGAAAUAUACAGUAUGUCAGGACACGAGAUGAAAAUUUCCAAUUCGAUUGCUUUCAGAUGCUACAACGAAUCUGGAAGAGCAACUUAUGAACUUAUUGCAUGGACUAACUUGGAGACCACACCUUUCACUUUUUCACAGAAGAACAAGUUCACUGUCAUUGGGUGCGAUGAUUCUGCUUUAAUCACAGGGAGGAAUGGACUCGAUUUCACUAGUGGGUGUUUAGGGUUAUGUAGCAAAGCAGGUGAUGUACCUGUUGGGUACUGUUCAGGAAAUGGGUGUUGUCAGACAUCAAUACCAAAAGGUCUCAAAUUUUACAAUGUUUCACUGGGCUCAUUCUAUAAUCAUGCAAGAGUGUUUUCAUUCAAUCCUUGUGGUUUUGCAUUUCUUGGUGAGGAAGAGAGCUUUACGUUUGGUGGUGUACCUGAUUUGUCUAAUAUGGAUCUUGAUAUUAAGAUAGAUAACAAUCUUCCCAUAGUUGUUGAUUGGGUGAUUGGAGACAACAGGAAUUGCACACAAGCUACAGAAUGUAAGGGAAAUAGCUUCUGCGAAGAUGAAGACACUGGUGGGUAUCGCUGCAUCUGUAACAAUGGCUACCAGGGAAAUCCUUAUCUUGAUCCAGGCUGCGAAGACAUCAAUGAGUGUGAGGAUAAAAGCAACAUCAGCUGUUAUGGCAUUUGUAUCAAUACUCCAGGGAGCUACAACUGUACUUGUUUGAAAGGAUACACUGGUGAUGGAAAAAUAAAAGAUGAUUGUCGACCUGAUGCUAAAGAUUCAAAGUUUCCAGCUGUCAUAUUCUCUGUAGCUCUAGUGUUUGGCUUGCUAGCUAUAUUAUCUGGGAUAACUGGGAUUUUCCUUGGCAUAAGGAAAAGGAAACUCAUAAAGCUACGAGAAAAGUUUUUUGAGCAAAAUGGGGGUGUGUUUAUGAAACAAAAGCUCAAGGCAACAGGGACUAGUGAAGCCGUGACUAUGUUCACCACUGAACAGCUCCGAAGAGCAACUAACAACUAUUCAGAGGAGCGAAUUGUUGGCCGAGGUGGUUAUGGUGUAGUAUAUAAAGGAUUCUUACCAGAUAAUCGUGUUGUUGCAAUAAAGAAGUCGAAAAUAGUGGAUGGGAGUCAAUCAGAGCAAUUCAUUAAUGAGGUCUUGAUCCUUACACAAGUCAUCCAUCGAAACGUUGUUAAGUUGUUAGGCUGUUGUUUGGAAGAGGAGGUACCAGUACUAGUUUAUGAGUUCAUAUCCAAUAACACGCUUUUCUAUCACAUUCAUCAUAAAUCAGGUGGAAUGAGUUGGUUAUCAUGGGAGAAUCGAUUGAGAGUUGCUUCUGAAGCUGCAUCUGCACUUGCAUACCUUCAUUCACAAGCUACAAUGCCUAUCAUACAUAGAGAUGUCAAGUCUGCCAAUAUACUAUUAGAUGAAAACUACACCACAAAAAUAUCAGAUUUUGGUGCUUCAAGAUUGGUCCCUUUAGAUCACGAUCAAGUCACUACUCUUGUUCAGGGCACACUUGGGUACUUGGAUCCUGAAUACUUCCAUACAAGCCAAUUAACCGACAAGAGUGACGUUUAUAGCUUUGGUAUGGUCCUUGCGGAACUAAUUACUGGGAAAAAACCCCUUUGUGUAAGUAGAAUCAAUGAGGAGAAGAAUUUAGCAACCUACUUUAUCAAGUCCAUGAAAGAAAACCGUUUCUUUCAGAUUGUUGAGCCACGAGUAUUAAGUGAAGGGACUCUUGACCAGUUACAAGCAGUAGCUGAGCUCAUAAAGAGAUGCCUCGACUUACUAGGAGAAAAUAGACCUACUAUGAGAGAGGUGGCAAUGGAGCUAGAGGGCCUGAGGAAGUUUACUACUCAUCCAUGGGUUAAACAACAAACACCCGAAGAAUCAAGAAGCUUAAUCAUAGAAGGGGAGCAAUCUGAUCUUUAUGAUGUCCCGUUAAUUCCAUAUAGUACUAACGAAUGGGAAUCUUACUCGGGUCACCCCAAAGUUGAAGUCGAAUAUGGGGGAACUCCUCCUUUUGAAGUGUUUUCUCUCAAGUGA